AGAGGUAGGAGAAAGCAAAGGGUUUUUCUCCCUUUCACCAUCCACCCCCCAUGCUCCUCCUCGCCGGCCUCCUCCGCCGCGCCCGCCCGCCGCGCCGCCCCUCCGUCCGCCGCCUCUCCGGCCUCCUCGACCGCUACGGCUUCGUGCCACCCGCCUCCCUCACCCCGCACUCCGCCUCCGACGACGGCGGCGCCAAGAAGCGGCGCCCCAAGAAGCCCCCCUACCGGCCACCCUCCUCGCUGGACCGCGGCGGCCGCCCCGCCGCGCGCUCCGACCUCCCCUUCGACUUCCGGUUCAGCUACACCGAGAGCUCCCCGGGGGACAAGCCCAUCGGGCUCCGCGAGCCCAAGUACUCCCCGUUUGGCCCCGGCCGCCUCGACCGCCCAUGGACGGGCCUCUGCGCCCCCGCCGUCGACACCACGCUCCGCGACGCCCACGCCGACGACCCGGCCCCCGCCGCCGAGAGGGAGCUCGAGGAGGCGCGCCGCCGCGAGCGGGAGCGCGUGCUCGGCGAGCCGCUCACCCCCGCCGAGCGCGCCUUCUUGGUUAGCAAGUGCCAGAAGAGCCGCACCAAGAAGCAGAUCAAUCUCGGGAGAGAUGGGCUCACUCACAACAUGCUAAAUGACAUACAUAAUCACUGGAAGAACGACGAGGCGGUCAGGGUGAAAUGCCUCGGCGUGCCGACGGUUGAUAUGCAGAAUGUGUGCCAUCAGCUUGAGGAUAAAACUGGUGGCCUUAUCAUCCACAGGCAUGGUGGUCAGUUGAUAUUGUACAGGGGACGGCAUUAUAAUCCAAAGAAAAGACCUGUUAUUCCGUUAAUGCUGUGGAAGCCAGCUGAACCUGUAUACCCGAGGCUAAUUAAAACAACAAUAGAAGGACUGACAGUUGAGGAGACAAAGGAAAUGAGGAAGAAAGGCCUAUAUGUUCCUGUUUUGACGAAGCUAGCCAAGAAUGGGUAUUACGCUAGUCUUGUUCCAAUGGUUCGGGAUGCCUUUUUGACUGAUGAGUUGGUCCGGAUAGAUUCUAAAGGAUUGCCAAAAAGUGAUUAUCGGAAAAUUGGAGUCAAGCUCAGGGACCUUGUUCCUUGCAUAAUUGUCUCUUUUGACAAAGAGCAGAUUAUUGUUUGGAGGGGAAAGGAUUAUAAUGGAACCAUACAGGAUAAUACACAGAAGACAUCUGUUUCAGUUCUCGAAGAAGAGAGUGCAGGAGCUGAGAGCGAGAACGGUGAUCAGGAACAAGCAUCAAGCGACUGGGCUUCUGAUGAGUGCUCUCAGUUGAGUAGCUCUGAUGAAAUGCCAGAUGACAAAUCAGCUAUUUCUGAGGCAGACUCUGAUUAGAUCAAUCGGAUAUUCAGAACCCGCAGUUCAUAUAGUUCACAAACUGUCACUAGAUAUUCAGAAGUUGGCAUGCGAACAUUUCAUGUGAGACUACGAUCAAGCGUGUUUUUAGUCACCCAUGGCUAAAUAACUUCGUUCAUCUCGAUAUUCUGAGUUUCUGACAUUAGUUGGUUUGGAUUGAAGAUUCACAUGAAACAGUUUUGCUUGAGACUCCAGUCAGUUGGUAAUUGGAAGAGUGAGAUAUUGGUCUUGUUUGGCUUAACACCAAGAGGAUGCCACGAUGGAGCUCUGAACAAAAAUAUAUACAAUUCUCAUAUGACAUUUUAUAAGAACAUCUUGUAAAGCCUAUUGAACAACAGUGCUAUCCAGCAUUUCCUGGCAAUAGAGAUUCUCUUGAUUUUUGUUUA